AUGCAAGAUGCGUUGCCAGAGCCACUAAAUCUGGCGGGUUCUGCCGCCGUGUUUAGCGGCAAAAGCAUGAGUCAGGUUGAACGCUACAGAGUAGCAAUGAGCAGUAUCUUCGGCACCUGGAUCGAUAGGCUCGACGUUCGAUCCCCUAGAUCCUACUUCCUGGAUCGAUGGCUCGACGGCUCGAGUCCUCGAUCCUGGGGAGGUCACGUGACCUCUCCAUCUUUUCUGGGUGCUGAUGCGUCGGACCCUGGUCCGCCUCACUCAGCCCCGCGUACACGCCGCAGCAUGGAGCGUAUGAAUUAUGGUCUCCUGACCCGGGCGACUUAUGCGUGGGUGCCUGGGCCUAGUCUAAUGGCUUUAAAAAAAUACGCUACUUUAAAGACUUUUAGCGAUUUUAUAAAAAUUAGGCUUAAGAAAUUGAUUUAUGGGAACUCCAGCCAUGUUUCUCCGGAGGGUUCCGCCUAUGGAAGUGUGUGGGAAGUGCUCGGGAGACAGGUAGAUCUCCGUUCCUGUCAAUGUGUCCAUUAUGGCUGA